AUGGAAUCAAAUGGAGAAAACGUAAUUGGAUGGAGCAGUGAGGCUAGUUCGUUUCUAAGUAACCAUAGGAACCUGGACGCUGCUGCAAACUCAAUUAUUAAUGAUUUAGUGGAUAGCCUUUCUCUGGGUAUUGUGUUUGAAGUUCAUAGAGCUGCCAAAAUGGGAUUUUUCGAUCGCGAAGAUACCAUUACUGAAGAAGCCAAUAACUUUUAUAUAGUGGACGAAGAGAGUGUGGACAUUUUCGGUCAGAAACAGUUGAAAAAAAUAAUGACACCUAAAUGUAUUUGCCCCAGUUGUAAUCGAAACUUAGGUGCUCAGGUAUUCGCUCCGCAUUUAGCAAAAUGUAUGGGUAUGGGUAGAAACAGUGCAAGGCUGGCAAGUCAACGGAUAUCAAGUAUCACUCAGGAAACUAUGGAGAAAAUGGAUUACCACACCUCUAAUAAACCUCGAAAAAAGAGAGAUCUAAAUAGUAAGAAGUCUUAUAAGAGCCAGAAAACUGGGAAAAUUGAAGAAAACGAAACUGGAUCUUGGAAUUCAGAAAGCAUGGAUAUGGAUGUAGGAGAUGGAAAUGCAACUCAGGCAUUUGCUGCUCCCAUGGGACGUCAAGUAUCAAAUAUGUCAUUUUCUGGUGAUGUAUCCCAAGAAUAUGGAGAGACUUGUGAAGAAAAUCUUCAGAUGUAUUCAUAUUCUCCAACAAGUAUAAAACAAGAUUAUUCUAUAACAUCAUCAGGGGAUUGGGUAUCUGCUAAAACAUCUGUACAAGAAGAAAGAUGUUCGGUUCUAAAAAUGAAAGAUGUACCCAGAUACCUGUAA